GUUUGUGCAAGAGGAGAAAAAAUCUGCAAGAAACAAAAAUUGCCCUCCUGUGUUUACACAGGGGUCGGUUUCAACGACAAGUCGGACCUGGAUUCUGGUCUCCUCAACAGGAAGUGGAUGGCGUCCAUCCCCGAUGCGACUCCUGUCUCCGCCAUCACGGUUCCUGGAACCCAUGAGAGCCUGACGCUGAGAGGCGGGCCGCUCGCGGUGACUCAGGUAUGGACUCUGGAAAAACAGCUGGACGUCGGGAUCCGCUGUCUGGACAUCCACGCUGGAAUCUGGUUUCCCACUGACAAGGAGGUCGGCAUCCGAGACGCCAACUGGCUCUUCUCCCAGGGCGUCACCUUUACUGCGGUGGUAGAGAAGGUUCUGGCGUUCCUGGACGAGAACGGGGGCGAGGCGGUGCUGAUGAAGGUUACGCUACACGGCCUAUACCAAGACCGAGCGACGCGGAUGGUGGAGCAACAGCUAAAGAGGUUUGAGGGCAAAAUCUGGAGGAAGGUGUCAGUACCAGAACUGGGCCAGGUCCGAGGGAAGAUUGUCUUUCUGCAGAACAGGAAGUUCCCCCUGGGAACGGAGAACCACCGUUCCUACCUCUUUGAGUCCAACCAGCUGAAAGACGUAGAGGAGAAACUCAGACACGUCCAGUGGCAUCUCUGUGGCCAUUACAUCCUGCUGACCCAAACCGCCGCCACCGCGAUGCAGAGGCCCAAGGCGCUGGCCCGAUCCGUCAACCGCCAGCUCAGCGACCUGGUCCGCCGCCGCAGGGGCGUCGCCGGCUGCCUGGGCGUCAUCAGCAUGGACUUCCCCAGCGCCGAGCUGAUCCGCAACAUCAUCCAGCUGGGAACCUGCGGCUGCGGGCCGACUGCGGGCCGACCGGCAGGUCCGGAAGGUCUGGGACCAACAGAACCAGGAGAACCAACAACCUGGAGAAGCAACAGAACCUGA